CUCAAUCAGAAACGAUGGCAGCCGUCCGCAGUUAGCCAGAUUUACACACCGCUAAGCAGAUGCACUAAUAGCUACUUAGUAUUCGGAUUACGCAGCGAGAGUGACGACGGCUUUGAAAAAACCCGUUUUGUGGCACACACAACAAACCCAAUAAAACACUCAUUAAGUUCGAAGCGAAAACAAAUAAUUAUAAUAAAGAUGACAGACGACGGUUCCAAGGGGAUCUUAAACAAUGGCUAUGAAAUGGAACACAGAGAGCUAGAGAUUCUGGACUCUGAUCAGUUCAAGGAACUGCCUUUGGAUAAUGCCAAAAAUCCGGUCGAAGAGAAGAGUUAUUUGGAAAACAAUCCGAAAGUGGCGCGUAUUUUGAGGAUCUCGAUUUAUGUACUCAUUCACCUGGUUGUUGUGGGCUACUUUUCUUAUGCCACCUACCACUAUCAUGACAUCACAAAUUACGAAUGUGGAUGGUCAGGAUCCACAAAUCCGUUGUGCGGCAUUAAUUUCUGCUCCGGAUAUGGAAUGCUCUUACUCCUGCUGGGCUUCAUUUACUUGGGCCUGUUUUACUACUACGUAUUCAAGCCCAUGGUGGGGCUUAAGCUACACCAGAAUUUCCUGAAGCCCAUGAGCAAGAAGUGGCACGCUUUUAGCCGGACCAGGGUUAUGUCACUGGUCAGCAUUGCCAUACUCCUGGCCCUUUUGGCCAUUUUCGUUUACUUCGAGACCCGCAACGAGCCGCAAAAGCUGAUAUCCCUGGUGGCGCCCUGCUUCUUUAUCCUGUGUGGCUACAUCUUCUCUACGAAACGCAAUGCCAUCCAGUGGCGCAUCGUGAUUACCGGGAUUACGUGCCAGUUCCUGCUCGGCAUCUUCUGCAUUCGCUGGGAGGUGGGCCGCAAGAUCUUCGAGUGUUUAGGGAACAAAGUGGCCACAUUCCUUGGAUACGCCACCGACGGAGCUCUCUUCGUAUUUGGCGAAUAUCUGGUGGGCGAGGAGGUGUUCGCCUUCGCCAUCUUGCCAGUGAUCUUCUUCUUCAGCUUCUUCAUCUCCAUAUUGUACUACAUGGGUGCGAUGCAAUGGGUCGUGAUCAAGCUGGGCUGGAUCCUGCAACAGAUCCUGGGCACUACCGUCUGCGAGAGCGUGACGGCGGCGGCCAACAUAUUCCUGGGCAUGUCCGAGAGUCCGCUGCUCAUCCGGCCGUAUAUCAACAAGCUGACCAAGAGCGAGAUCCACAGCAUUAUGGUGUCUGGCUUUGCCACGGUAUCGGGUACCGUGCUGGCGGCUUACCUCUCAUUCGGUGCCUCGGCCGCCCAUUUGAUCACCUCCUCGGUGAUGGCAGCCCCCGCCACGCUGGCCAUCUCCAAGCUGUACAUGCCGGAGACGGAAGAGAGUCAAACCACGUCGAAGUCUAUAGAGUUGGAGAAGUCGCAGGAUUCGUCCCUGUUGGAUGCCGCAUCUAGUGGAGCCAGCAAUGCCGUGCCCAUUGUCUUGGGAAUCAUUGCCAACAUAGUGGCCUUUGUGGCCUUCAUCGCUUUCCUCAAUGGUGUGGUUAGCUGGUUUGGGUAUCUGGUGGGUCUGGAGGAAAUCGACUUCGAAUGGAUAUUCUCCAAGCUCUUCAUACCGCUCGUCUGGGCGAUGGGAGUACCCAAAGACGACUGUAAUAUCAUUGCCAAGGUGGUGGCCACCAAGACCAUAAUCAAUGAGUUUGUGGCCUACGAGCGUCUGGGCCAGUAUAUCCUGGACGGUCAAAUCACUGCUCGCAGUGCCGGAAUUGCCACAUUUGCCAUCUGCGGCUUCGCCAAUCCCAGUUCCUUGGGCAUCCUCAUUGGAUCCCUCAGUGCCAUGGCUCCCCAUCGUCGUGCCACCAUCACCCAAGUGGCCUUCAGAGCCUUUGUCGUUGGCAGCAUCGUUUGCUUCGUGUCGGCCAGCUUUGCAGGCAUCCUCCUGCAGGAAGAUGAAGAGCAGGCCACCUACGCCAGGAUCUUUGAGAAGUUGGGUCGGCGGAAUGGCACCCUUUUGCUGGCAGGCAGCUUAAAAGCGAGAUAACAGAGCCAACUUAGGAAAAUAAUAAACAUAUUAUUUAUUAAAUAUCAAA